CCGUUCUCCACUCUCGGCUGGACUAUAAAAGUGGCUUCGUCUUCAUUUUCAGCCAACAGUCGAUGCCCAGACAUUGAAGAAUCAACGAAGAUGCCGAAGCAAUUGUGUCUCCUUGUGGCAGUUGUACUCCUCUCCCUCGUGGCUGGGGGGCAGGCUGAACUCCACAUCUAUCAUCCACUGCUGACGCUGCACCAGGAGCCCACGCUGGCCCGAGUGGGCAAUCUGCUGGAGCAUGUACCCACUGCCGUCUCGCAUCAGAGCUCCACCAUUGUCCAUCGCACUGCGCCGCGGCUCACGCCGCUCCUGGCACCCGCUCUCCGGACAACUCUGCACUAUCCGCCCACCUGGAGCUAUCCGUUCUAUGGGACCACCAACUCUCUCUACAGAAAGUAAAUUCCGAGCACUGAAUACAGCAUGAUUUUCUAAGCACUGAAGCACCCAGACCCAUUGGAUUUACGCUCUCGAAACGCACAAUAAAAUAUAACAAAUUCCAAAAGCA